GCGCGGGGCCUUGUGGGUAGCUGGCCGGGUCCGGGCGACGGUGAUGGCGGGGGACGUGGGCGGGCGCCGCUGCCCGGACUCGGAGCUGCUGCUGCACCCGGAGUUGCUGUCCCGGGAGUUCCUGCUGCUGACGCUGGAGCAGAAGAACAUAGCUGUUGAAAGUGAUGUAAGAAUAAACAAGGACAAUCUUACUGAUCUGUAUGUUCAGCAUGCAAUACCAUUGCCUCAGAGAGACUUGCCAAAGAAUAGAUGGGGGAAAAUGAUGGAAAAGAAAAGAGGGCGACAUGAGCCAAAAAACGAGACUAAAAGGAGUAGCACUGUAGACGUGUCAAAGAAAAGACCUCUCAUUGUGUUUGAUGGAAGUUCAACAAGCACAAGCAUAAAAGUGAGAAAGACAGAGAAUGGGGAUAAUGAUCGACUCAAGCCUCCCUCUCAGGCAAGCUUUGCCAGUAAUGCCUUUCGAAAAGUAUCCAGUUCCUCUUCAAGUGUGUCACCCCUAAUUCUGUCCUCCAAUUUGCCUGUGAACAAUAAAACGGAACACAAUAAUAAUGACACUAAACAGAACCAUGACUUAGCGCAUGGGAAAAGUCCUCUGGGCCCCGCGAAGCUGCCGCCGUUGUCCCCAGUGGGAACUACUCCAGUGAAGCUAAAGCGAGCUGCUCCGAAGGAAGAAGCCGAGGCCGUGGAUAACCUGAAGCCACCAGAAACAAAGAGGAAGAUACAACACGUUACAUGGCCAUGAAGGAAAGUUUCCAAAAAUGUAAAUAUAACUGUAGUUUUCAAACAGUUCACAUAUAUCGACAGUAUUUACAGAGAGCUUGAUUAUUUUGAAAAUUUUCUAAAGGUUUAAAAUUAGGUUAAAAAAAAAAGUCUUUCCCUCCCUGCCUUUCUCCCUCCCUUUGAAAGAAAAAAAAUUGCCUUUUAUUCUCUGAUUAGGAAAGAAUUUCUCUUUUUUAAAAAAUAUGUUUUUAUUGAUUUUAGAGAGAGAGGGAGAGAAAAACAUCCAUGUAAGAGAGAAACAUCGAUCGGCUGCUUCCUCUGCAUGCCCCCUACUGGGGAUCAAGCCCGCAGCCAGGGCACAUGCCCUGACCUGGAAUUGAACCAGCAACCUUUCUCUGCACCGGCCGAUGCCCAGCCAGCUGAGCCACACUAGCCAGGGCAGAAGGAAUUUCUUUGUAAAUGAAUGGCUUAGUAUACGUUAUUUAUGUUGACCGCAGUCAAAUCAGGAAGCUACAAGUCUGGUGUACCAUGAAGCAUCUGAUGGAUUUUAGGAAUAAUUCUCAAUCUGUUUCAAUCUUUGGAGAACUUGGAGAUUUUUUAAAAAAAACUCAUAUUUUAGAAGUUCACAAUUUUUCUUUUCCCAAGCAAAAGAAUAUAACAGUUCUCAGUAUUUUAGUAAAUACUGCCAGUUCAUCCUUGAGGUUCACUGAGAAAAGCAUAUUUGCAGUGCUGCCAAUACACUACUCAGAAUAUACAGAUAAAAUUGCUGUCCUCUAAGUGCUUGCGAUUGCUCCUUCCUUUGAAGUCAUAGCAGAAUUGUUUCUCAUGAGUUGACUGCUCAGUGUUGCCCCAGGUCCACCCUUCAGGAUAUCUUGUCACAAAGCAGUCCUACCUCCUCUUUUCAGGAGCAGUCUGAUCUCACUCUGAGCUCGGGGAUCUCCCUCCAGGAGCUUAAUGAGGCCGGCUUUAAAAAUCUCCAGGUGAAGUCAUCGUGUUAGAGGUGGUACCUGUUGGUAGAGAGUUCAGUGAACAGGAAGAGGAGGUAGAGUUGUAGAAUUUAGGAGAGUCUGGGAGUAUGGGGGUGAAGGGGGAAACUCGGUGUGACCCAGAUGGGCCAGCAGAGGAGGUGCUGAAGUCGGAAGUUGGCCGGGUCCCUGCUGGUGCAGCAUGGAGCGCUGUCCACAGGGCUGUCCCGCAGGCAUAUCUCUGAGUGUGUGCUAAGUGGUCUUGUUCCAGCUGCAUAAUUGAGUCAGUGAGCAAACAGGUUAUUCCUCACAUUCGUGACUUGCAGUGUUCACUUUCCUGCCGUGUGUUUCUAACCAAGUGCGAGAAUUCUUGAUACUCUCUCCCUUGUAUGAUUGAUCUUCAAAUCAGGGUUUGCCUUUUCAGUACUUUUUACAACAGUCUCAUUCCUCUUUCUAUUUUUAAAACAAGCAUUUGAAUUCAGCUAUUGAAUAGCCAUAGGAAGAAGUAGUUCCGCCGUGCAGGUGAACACUGUACUGAAACUUUAACCCUGUAGUUUCAGUCCUGCCUUCUCCAGACUGUGCAUCUGCUCGCAUGAGACAAAGUGGAUACAUACUGAGUUGCAUAAAUUGUUAAUGUUAGGGCAAAUUAUUAAGUACGCAGUUGUCUGCGGGGCUGAUGUUUUCCUAUGCAUAACUGUUAAGGGACAUUUUGAAAAGUGCAGAUUUUAGGGUAGAAUGACAAGUUAUAUUUAUUCAGUUGUUCCUUCUGCUUUCAUCUGCAUUUCUCUCUUAGUUAAGAGAGAAUUCGCCAUUUGACAGUUUUAAGUCAGUAGAAACUUAUUUUUCAUUACUCAAAAAAUUAACUUUUAAUUUGUGUAUUUAACUUACAAAGUAGGUUGGUACUAACAGCUGAACUGUGUAACAUUGUUGCUUCAAAUUGAAGUUUAUAUUAUGGACAUUCAGAGUCAGCGCUCAUAUAGCAGCAUGCUCUUGACCUACUUUGAGUUUGAAAUGUGGAGGAGCUAAGCUGGGUACUGUGUGUCCCAUACACCAACAUCCUGGAGCGCUGUGCCUUCCUCCGGGCACAGACACGGCUAGCCCUCGGCGUCUCCACGUGCGGCAGCGGCCCCCGGAGCCUGCCCUGCAUAGCCUGCCCCGGAGCCUGCCCCGGAGCCUGCCCCGGAGCCUGCUGAGGGAUGCAUGGGAAGUGGCAGAGGUGUUGGGAGGCUGAUGGUUUGAAGUGUUGCUUUGGUGAGCUUUCAAACUGAGAAGGACUUGAAUGGCCAACAACUUCAGAAUCCUCUGUGCUCCCUAACACGGGUUACUGUUGUUGCUCUCGAUUCUGUAGUCCAAUAAAGCCAGUUUUUCUUCUUGUUGGGGUAGGAAAGCGAAUGGCAUUUGUGUAGAGAGUGUCUUCUGAGGUGGAGUUCCAGGCACUGACCACUGCCUGCCCUUGCCAGGUGGUCUUGUUCUUUUCUUCCUCCCCCUCUUGGUUCCCCGUUUUCCUUUCUCAUGGCCUCGUUUCCCGCAUUUUCACUUCCUUUUGCCUUCAUCUCCCUCCUCUCUGUAGAGCCUAAGCUUCAGGCUUGGUCACAGCGUGGCCCUGCUCAUUCCCUGCGGUGGAGCUGGACCGACCCGUCCUCGUGCGGUGAGGUCGGGCGCUGCGAGGGCUCUGAGCGUGCUGGGGCCUCCGGGCUGUCGGCUGCCGUUUUCCAGACGCUCCGCAGCCAGGCCCUUUGGGAAGCUGGUUCACCUUCUGCCAUGAGGCCAUAGUGCUUUUCCUCAGAAUUGUAAUUAUUUUUAGAAGUAAUAUUUUGGUUGCUUAAGUUUUCAGAGACAAUUCUAAGCUGAUCUAGAGACUCAUUCAGCAGCAAUGACCUUUUUAAAACUUACAUUAAGUAAACUGCCAGUAGCUUAAAUCACAUGUAUGUCAGAGCCUCCUCUGUUCUCUGCUGUGGGACUUCAAAUGUUUUUCAGUGUGCUCUUUAUUAAAUGCUUGUGCAGGUUUUGUAAUUCAGUACAGAAAGUUUAACCUUGUAAUGUACAUUUUUUUGUAUGUAAAAAGUCUUUUAAGUAGCCUUAUCCUUAUUUAAAUAAACUGAAUAAAAUUA